GGGAUGGGCCGGGAUUAAAAUGACCGAAUAUAGCCCAAUACUCAAAAAGAUCCAACUCAACCACCGUCGUCUAAGCUGCUCUUAUUGCUCUAGUUUUGUUGUUUUGGCGUUCAUAUUUCACGUUGAAGUUGGAGUUUACGCCCAUCUUUGAUUCAUUCUGUGAGCGAGAGACAUGGGGGAAUUGAGAUAUGAAAUUUCCCAAGAUGCGUACAUUAAGCUCGUGCUACACGCUCAGAAGCACAAGACGGCGGCGGUCAACGGUGUCUUACUGGGACGAGUUUCGCCUGGAAACGAAGAAGUUGUGGAAAUCACUGACUCCGUUCCUCUAUUUCAUUCUCACCUUGGCCUCCUCCCCAAUCUUGAGAUCUCCCUUAUCUUGGUAGAGGAGCAUUAUAGUGCUCAAGGUCUUGGAAUUGUGGGGUAUUUUCAUGCUAAUGAGAGGUAUGAUGAUGCGGAGCUUAAUGGUGUGGCUAAGAAUAUUGGCGACCACAUCUGUCGUUACUUUCCCCAAGCUGCUGUACUCUUGUUGGAUAACAAAAAGCUUGAAGUAUUGCCCAAGAAGAUUGACCAAAGACCUGUAAUGCAGCUUUAUAUAAGGGAUGCAUCCAAGAAUUGGAAGCUUGUUGGAUCAGAUAGUGGCAGCCGAUUGGUAACAAAGGAGCCAACAGCAAAUACACUUCUUUUAGAUUAUAUUACCACUGGGAAAUGGCAGGGUAUUGUAGAUUUUGAUGAUCACCUCGAUGACAUUAGCAAGGACUGGCUGAACCCCGAGCUCUUCAAGUAAAGAAUGGAUAUAGAUGUCAGAAAUUUUGCCAGACGGUUAAUGGUCAAUGUCAACCCAUGACGCAUUUACUUGUUUGUGGGAUCUUGGAGUUGUGGAGUUUAUUGUUUUUCUGAGAAGAAGAUUUUGUAGAGAUAAUAUUCUCUUAAACUGCAUCAAUUCUGUGUUAAAAAUUAUCAAGUUCCCAGAUAUUUAUGGUUUCAAAAGUGGAAUGGAAAUCCAUUCUGUUCCUAAAUA